AUGCGAUUCAUAGAAAUCAUUUUAUGCUGCUGUUUUGUAUUUACUGGGCACUUUUCAAAUGGAAGCCGCAUUAUGAUGCUUCAGAAAUUAAAACGUGGCUCAUCAAUCAUACGAUGGAAUUAAUUAACAAAGGUUUCACGGAUAAUUUAAAUCCAGUGAUAAUAACAUCUGAUUUAGUUGAUGACCAAGUUGUAAGUGGAAAUUUCGAUAAUGCAAAUCCGCUGAUUAUAGUGAAUGGUAAUUUCAAACGUAAGCAAAUUGAAGGGUACCAUCCUGGCUAUCCUACGUACGUCAUCAGGUUUGAAUCCAUGGAGAAGCUGAUUUCACUCAUUUUUGAGUUCGUGGGCUCAACAAUUUGGAGUAUAAAGUCACCAAUUUUCAUUCUGGACAUUUCUGAAAAGUUUCAUGUUACGAUACCUUAUUCAGCUCUUGGAUUUCUUGCAAGCUUCGAUAUAUUGGUAUCAUAUUACUUGCGUUAUGAUAAGGAUCAAGAUUCAACUAUACUCUACACUCUGAACCCUUACACACAAUUCGCUCCGUUACCUUGGAAUCAAGUUAGAACUUCAAAUGGCAAUAGUACAACAAAGCUGACACUAUACAGCAUGCGGUAUCCGAAAGAUUUGAAGAAGAAUUAUCAAAAUAUUCAUUUUGAUAAAACGCAGUACUUGGACGGUCAUAAAAUAGAAUUGUUGGCACUUCGUGAUUUAAGAAAUUCAACCAAACAGCAUAAACAGAAAAUAAUUAAUAAGUACAUAAAACAUAUUGAAGAAAUGCAAGAUACCACAUUACAUUCUUUGUCUGAUUAUGCAAACGUAAAAACGUCACUUCAUGUCAUCGAUAACUAUUUCACUACCAAAAUGAUGAAAUCAGGUUUUGAUAAAAAUCUUCUCAGUCGUCAGUAUGAUGCAUUAAACCAAGAGAGUCAACUAGCGGAUACUAAUUAUAAAUUAAUUGAUUUUGUAACGCAAUUCCAAGAAAGAUCCUUUUCAAUAUUAACGAAAAAAACUGAUUAUCUGGUGGUAAUCAGGAAAGUUAACAUAAAUCUGAAUUUGAUCUGUAUCACAAUCUUUGUGUUGUUUCUCCUUCUACUGAUCGUAAUAAUGAAUAAUAAAUUUCACGUUAGCCAAGGUAUUAUGGAUAUUGUGAGCAUGUCACUGGGAAUGGGGAUAAUGUCUCCAAUCAAUCGUCUCUCGAUGAAGAUCACUUAUUUCUUUGGAUUUUUAUUCAUUUUUGUAGUGAUGCCCGAAUUCCAAGGUGAGAUCUCAGCAAUUCUAUCACAACCAGCCCGACGUAAUAUCGAAACUUUAAAGGACUUAUUCGACAACAAGUACCAUGUAUUUUAUAAUCCGUUAUUGAUGAAUGACAUGAUGAAUGAAAAAUUGUGGGUGACUGAAGAGGAUCAGAAAUACUUGCAUCCAUCAACUUAUCGUGAUUUGGACAAAUGUGUAAUCGAAGCCCAACAAAAUUCAACUAUCGCUUGUAUAGGCAUUACUCAAAUUCUACUUAAAGACGCUUUAAUACUGAAGAAUCUUCAUGUGUCAAAGGAAAGUCUCUUCAAAAAUUAUUACGUCUUUUGGACUAAGAAGAACUGGGCUCUGAAAGGCAAAGUUGACAAAGCUCGUUCACUACCGGUGGAAAUAGGAUUAAUCAAUCAUUACAAUAAGGAGAUAGAUCUACGGAACAAGAUUAAGAAGAUGGAGAAAAUCAAAGAAGCUGAAAACUAUGAACGUAUUGACUUUGAAAACUUGGUGUUUCAUUUCAUUAUGUUUGCGGCAACUUUGCUAUGGAGUUUGGUCAUCUUUGGAAUUGAACUCUUUGUUGAUCACAUUCACUCAAAAUAUAAAAAACAGGAAAAGGAGCGACGACAGUUCAUAGAGAGAUUAAGAAGACAACCACGAAUUACUUUAUUUUCUCCGAGUCGGGUUGUUCCGUCAUGCAGCAACGCAUAA